AUGGGCAAAGUUGAAGAUGUCGAACGCGGCAUUGCAGCCUGUGUCCGGUCAGGGCGGUGGGAGCAGGCUCUCUCCUUCCUGCAGCAUCUUCAGCAACAAGGCCUUGAGCUGAGUGAGAAGGCGUUCUCACUCUCCAUUUCUGCCUGUGCACGUGGAGCCUGGCAGACAGCGCUUCAAUUGCUGGACAUGGCAAGCGAGUUGGGACUUGCCUCUGACUCGUGGACAUAUGCGUCGGCAAUGAGAGCGUGCCGCUGGCCUCCACGCCAGAGGUCAGCUGCGGCGGCAGACGCCAUGAAGCUGUACGAUGAUUUCAUGUCCCAGCCUGGUGCAGAAGCAGGAUUUCGCCUGCUCAUCGAGGCAGCUGAAGCGUGUGAGGAUGGACUGCUCUGGAGUAGAUCUUUGUCCUUGCUGGAGCUGGCGCCUUCUCACAAGUAUGGCUCCAUCUGCAGCUCCGUUGUCCGAAACUGCGCAAAGGCAACGCAGUGGGAAGUUGCAGUUUGGCUGCUACUUUCUUCUUCGAGAGGUGAGGCCGACGUCUCUGCACACAGCGCAGCUCUAAUUUCUUGCCGCGUCCGCGGCCAUUGGGCAGAAGCAGAUGCACUUCUUGAGGCAAUGCAAGGUGUCCCCAAGGUACAUGGCCGCCGCCCCAGGCCUCUUCCCAAGCGACGCAAGCUGCCUAACGUGGGUAUGCUCGGUGAGACUGAUGCAGAGGUGGAGCUGGAGGCGCUGGACGGGAUUUUCCCGGAGGCUGUGGAGCGUUUGGAUUCACAACGUAUACGCCUCCGCAUAGCCCCCGAGCCAGACGACGAAGGCGCAAGUUUCAAUGUGUCAGUGGCGUUCAUCCGCAUUUGGUUGAUGCUGCCGCAGAGAGCAGCGCAGAGAGCAGCUGGUGUAGUGGCCACAUAUCCUUCCGAGUUUCGGAUGGACUGGUGCGUUGGCAGCCAUUGCUUUGACCAUUCCAUCAGCUGCGCCCACUUCCAGUUGCGAUUGGAUGGCUACUAUGCUAAAGGGCAUCGGCCCCCACUCAGAGAGGCCUUCUUUUUGACAACGCUGCCUCCCGUGUACCAGCGUGAGCUGCUCCUGGGAUGCCCUGGCAUGAUGAUCUUGGCUCACCUGCUCAUCGCUGAGCUCCGCCUGUAUACGCACGACCCCAGUGAGGCAUAUGCCCUAAGUGCUAGGGCACAAGCCAUGCUGGACCUGCCAGAGAUUACCUCCGUGCACCUGGAAAACAUCAAGCAUGCCUGGCCGCUGCAGCAAGCGAUGGAGCGGAUUUCAAACACGUCACACUGGAUAGAAGUCAGCCGCAGGCCAAUGACCGCUGACAUUGUUCUCCCGCACUGCCGGGAAGAUCUGACAUGGCUGGCAAACGGCUCUCUGCUACAAGCCUUGCCAGCCCGAACACGAAUCUUUGUUUAUCAAAAGUGUGGAGGUGAUGAAAGUGUAAUCCACCACCUAUCCGCACUUCUGGAGUCCCAUAUUCAGUUGAUCUAUACUCAGCUUGAUGAUGCUGCUGAUCCAGCGACAGGGCUGGCAGCCCGGCGCGAUGAAUGCACGGCUUACUUGAGUCAUGUUGUUCGCGAGUAUGAUAACUUAGCAGACAUGACACUUUUUCUGCACGGGGAUCCAUCAGAUCAUACCCCCUUUGGCCUCAUCAAUGUCUUGCUGCGAGGCAUUUCCCUAGGUACUUUCAACGAUCUGGACUUUGUUCACUUGGGCUCGCCUCGUCUUGUUGCAACCUACAACCCUUGCCAGCACGACAUCUAUGAACGUGCUGUCAAUCGCCCGCUGACAGGUAAGCUUUACACGUACUGCUGUUCGCAGUUUGCCGUUUCCAAAGGACGAAUCCGGCAACGAACACUUGAAGAGUACGCGCAGAUGCUACGGCUGGUCGAUGGUUCUGUUGCCGACGCCUGCGAACGAAUAGGCCCAUCCUAUGAAAAGUAUGCUGGUCAACGGUUAUCACACUGCUUUUUCCUGGAAUUCAUGUGGCAUGUUGUCUUUGGCGAGCCUGACGAGCUGCCACUCCGUGCAGACGCAAAUCUUCCUCUUCCAUUACGGCUGAAAGAUAGCGAAGAAAACCCACCCAGCUUAUGGAAGAGUUACAUGUCGCCAUUUGUUGGAGGCUAUGCCACGUUCCAGCGGCAAAGCCAUGAAAACUGGCUGCACCAAGUGCGGACGCCUGCUAACUUGGGCCGCCCCGUACAAAGGAACUUCGGAGAUGGCCUGUACAAUAGCUUGUCUGGAGUCAUUGCCUACGACAAAUUGGCAUUUGAUCUGCCAGGCUACCACUUUGGAGAGGCCAUUUUGGCUGUUGAGCUGCCUGAUGAGUAUCCGGCCACAGCUCUGCCCCUCGUGACAUCAACGUUAUCUGUAGGUGAAGGAGCUGGCCUUGAAGGCGCGGAGAACCUCUUGAAGACUGUGAUCGAGGCUGCGCUAGAAGACAGCAAGGGCGGAGUCGCCCUGUUCACUGUGGCCGAGGCAGUCCGUGAUUGGCUGCGAGAGCAUUGCCGCUUUGCCCCUGAAGUGGAAGAAGAGCCGGAAGCUGCGAAGCUACAAGAGAGUUGUGCAGUAGAUGAUUUGGAUGUGGAUUCCUCAGACCUCGAUGAUGAGCUCAUAGAAGCUUUGGAGGAAGUCCUGGCAGGCGACAAAGAGCGGCUGCGAGAGCUGCGACGCAUCCGGGGUUUGGAAGCUGCUGAGCAACGCCGGGCCCUACGUGCCGUGCUUAAAACGUUGAGCGAAAAGGAGCGAGAGGCUCUGGUGGGCUCCUCCGACUCUGAAAGUGGCGAGGAGCAGGAGGCUGCUCCGAUGGUGCAACUUGCGGCGGCCCAGAUUGAGUGCCCGCUCGGUCACGAACUUGGGGCAUUCUCUUCGCGGCCCCCGGACUACAGAAAAUUUGACGGAGACUUGUACACUUGCGAUGUUUGCGGCCGCGAUGGUGAGUACCGCUACGGCGUCUAUCACUGCACGAAGUGCUUCCAGCAAGGUGGACGCCAGUUUGACGCCUGCCCAGCUUGUGGAGUCUCUGCUCGAGGCAGCAAGGGCAGCAAAGCCAACAAGGCCCAGAAGAGCAAGCAUAAGAAGCGCUGA